AUGGGAAUCUAUGAAUAUGAGAAAUUGAUUCCAGGAUUUCUUCUUCUCGGUUUCAGGAUUCUCAUGAAUUUCAUGUGCGUCGGUCGCGAAUAUCAGGUGGAUUGGAUUCUAUCAGUCGAUAACGUAUGUCGUACCGGUCAACUGAUCGCAAUCCUACAAAUCGAUUGCACCGCAUUUUUGAUCUCAAUCGAACGUCUUAUCGCCACCAUGUAUAUCCGACGUUAUGAGCAUAUGUUCGCUUUGACAGUUCAUCAGAUUAUUCUUAUCGUCGUAUUGAUGAUUGCCUUAUACGGUUCUUCAUAUGAAUUAUUUAUUGCUCACGGGGAUGUUUAUCAAGAAGUACGCUCACAUACACUUAUGUACAUAGGAUAUGCAAUGAUAGUGACGAAUCUUACGGGAUUCUUGUUUUUUCGAAUCACUCAAUAUCUUUCUAAACGAUAUCUGACCGGUUCCGAUCAUGCACUAUCGAAAAGCUAUCAAUGUCGGGAAAAUUUGAACGCUGUACGGCUGAUCUCACCCGUUUGUAUUCUGCUAUUCAUCACACGAUUCUGUCAAUUCGCUUUCCGGAUCUACACAUACUACGUGGGAUUAUCGCUGGGAGCAUUUCUGCUACGAAUGCUUGCCCAUAUGUAUAAUAUUUCAUUGGCGCUAAGUGUUUUUCUCACACCUGCACUACUUAUUAUUCGACAACCAAGGCUUGCCGGUAUAUUCUCGAAACGAAUCGCAACGAAAACGAAUUAUGUUCACGAUGACGCAAGUAGAACGACAGUACUCUAUUUCGAAGGAUUACAACGAAUGUGGACGUGA